ACGUCAGUCAUCCGCCCCUGCGUGACUCAUGUGGGUGCUCCCUUGAAGGAAACAGGGAUGGAAGGGAUCAGCAGUGAUAACGGAGCGGAAGUACAGAAUACUCUGCAUUAAGUUCGUUGGUGGUAGCAUGGCAGGAGAAUUCCUAAAUGGGAAGGAUGCAAACUCUCUCCUCAAGCGUUUUCCACGGGCUAAUGGGUUCCUGGAGGAGUUUUGGCAGGGCAACAUUGAGAGGGAGUGCGUGGAGGAGAGCUGCAGCUUCGAGGAGGCCAACGAGGCGUUUGAGACCAAGGAGAAAACUAUGGAGUUCUGGAAGACGCGUAACUUGUACACCGUGAACAACAACGCAGAAACACGCUCAGGGCGUGCCGACACCGUGUACAUGGUGGUACCGCUGCUAGGUGUAGCCCUCCUCAUCAUCAUCGCGCUCUUCCUCAUCUGGCGCUGCCAGCUGCAGAAGGCCACGCGCCGGCGCCCAGCGUACACGCAGAACCGCUACCUGGCCAAUCGCAACACCCGCAGCCUUCCCAGAAUCCUCGUGCACCGCGACACCCCUUCGCAUACGGACAACCCGCACUUCAACGAGAGGCCCAGCGUGGUGCUCAGCGGAGGGGAAAGGGAAAGAGGGGGAGUCACUUCAGGGAGCCUGGACUGCACGUUGCAACCUCCGAAUGGACGCGGACUCUACGUGCAGGACUCGUCUAUGUCCGUCGCGUCACGGCUGUCAGGGGCCACGCCUCCUCCGUCUUACGAAGAAGUGACGGGCCACUUGGAGAGCAGCAGCGACGAGACCACCACCACUUACAGCGACCCGCCACCCAAGUACGAGGAGAUUGUUAAAGAAAAGUGAGGGCGUGUGCGAGGUACGUGCAUAGGAAAGAACUUGUUCCGCGUGUGUUUCGGAUCCCAGGUUGCCACCCAGAGUUCCUGAGGGUGUGCAUGAGGUGCACUACCAAAUGAUUGUCAUCCUCAAUUUUUUUUUUUUUUUUUUUUUUUUUUUUUUUUUUUUUUUUAAAAAGAGUCGAAUCUUCUGAACUUGCUUUUGUGGAUGGGACGCACGUGUCGAUUUUUUUUUUUUCCGCACUCUUCCGCAACCAGCUGCUCACCGCACAGCUACACCUCACUCCGUCGUCAACGUCUUUCCUGAUAUUCAGUGCUUUUUUAACGAACCGAGCCGCAGUGUUGUCAAAUGAAGCGAGAAAAAGAGACGAGGUGGUUUUUUGUUUUUUUUCCCCUCCAUCUUGUUCACUUUGUACAAAAAGAGGUGGAGCUUGCAAAAAGCGAACAAGAGCGUUCGUACAAAGAGAGAACCUUUUUUUUUGUUGUUGGACAAAAUGGAGAAUCUAGUGUUGAAUCAAAUGUAAUCAAAUAUGUGUGUGCCAUAUUCCACAUGUAUGUUGCUACUAGAGUGAUUAACUAGGAAGUGUUGCCAACGCCCACAUUGUUAUAAACCUGCUUUACGAAUAUUAUGUAAAAAUUACUACAGUAUCGCAUCAGAAAAGGAAAAGAGGAGGUGAGUUUAAAAUAAUAUGCAAAUAAUACGACACGUGACGGCAUUAGAAAGAUUUGUAAAUUGUUCUUGGCUGGAAGCGCGUGCACGUCUAACUCUCCCAAUCUGCAUGCCAAAAUCAACACACGCCUUAAACACGUGGGACUAAAAGUCAAUCAGUCAGUUUGUUCUGUGGUUAACUAGCUGCCAGUGAUUUCACCAAUAUAAUGAGGGUUUACUCUCAGUACUGUGCUCUCUCUCUAUCUCUCUCUCUUACACACACACACACACACACACACACACACAAUUCCAAGACACUACUUGUCUGUGCCGAAUAUGUAGUGGUGGCUCGUCUAUAGGGGCAGGUAGGGCAGAGCGUCAAUGUGUGUGUGUGUCUCUGUGUGUAUAUAUAUAUAUAUAUAUAUAUAUAUAUAUAUAUAUAUAUAUAUAUAUAUAUAUAUAUAUAUAUAAAGGUACUAAUUACCUUUUUUGAGUGACUCACAAUUUGAAAAAAUGUUGCUAUUUGACAGAUUUACGCAAAUGUUUCACCGAUUUGUCCACCUUUCUAGAUGCCCCAUCUAGCGCCAUAGUUAUUACUGCACCUAGUGGUCAAAAUGGGAACUGCAACAAUUGCUAAUAAAUAGAGGACCAUCGGGACAGGAAUGAUGCUGCCCCAUGCUGAAAAUGAAAUCUUUUUAUUGGAGACGGAGCAUUGGACUGAAAGAGUUAAUGACAUGGUUGCCAGGGGCAUGGUUUUUACGCCAGAUUGGGGUUUAAUACUUCAUGGCCGAAAGGAUCCUGUUUUAUAGCAAACCAUUAGAAUGAAAUAUAAUACGUUUAUACAGAAAAAGGCAACCCUGUCAUUAACUGUUAACUGUCAUUAACCCUAACCCUCACCCGUGCAAUGCUCCUCCAACAAUAAAAAUUUUCAUGUUCAGCAGGGGCAUCAUCAUCAUUCCUGCCCCAAUGGCCCUCUGUUUAUUAGCGAUUGUUGCAGUUCCCUUUUUGACCACUAGGGAAUGCAAAAGUGUAAAAGUGUAAGUGCAGACUAGGCUGUGAUGUACAGAACCAUUUCUGUUUUUCCAUUGAAACAACUGGGAGAGUGAAAGGGGGGUAACGGAGUGGUUAACGUCCGUACAUCACAAAUGCUGAAAAACAAGAAGGAAAAUGUGUCUCCUUUUUCCGGUGUCCACAUUUUUUGGGUAGUUUCUGGGCUUUUGAGUGGUUUUUUGAGAUGGAAAUAGCGCUGAAACCGUGGUUAAUGAUAUAACAUGAAACACAGUUAUGUCUAAAACCACUCAAAACAAGCUGUUAGACUGUACGCCGGAUGACCGUACGCCGACGUCGAUACUCAGCCGCCUGUUUACGGACUUAGCUUCUAACCUAUAGCAUAAGUCAAGUGUAAUCGCCUGUUGACUUCAUUCUGUUUGAGGCUGUGUCAUUAUUAUUAUCAUUAUUAUUAUUAUUAUUAAUGUCGUUCUGCCCCACCGAAAUCUAUGGUCACGAGCCACUGCUGCGAAUAAAAAAACAACAAAAAACAAACAAACACGUAAUAUACAGAUAGCACAAUUACUGAAUAACCUAACAUUCCAGAUCCCUAAAGAUUCUUCCCCCCUUUUCCUCCCUCCGCUCUGACUGUUUACAGCUUUUGUUACUCUUUUUUAUAACCGCAUAAACAAACUGUGUGACAUUUGUAAAAAAAGAAAAAGAAAAAGAAAAAAAAGCGUUACGUUGCUUUUGACUUCACCAAGUGCUCUAAUGUUGUAUUUUGUAUGAUGCUGCUUGUCUUCACGUCGUUUCAUUUCUCACAAAACUAUUUAGGACUCUGAACGAGUCUGAACAAGUCUCUAAACUGCCCGACUGAAAUGGUCUUUUUUUUUUUUCUUUUCCAGCUCAGGUUUAAGCCGAUCAACUGCCACCUUUGCAGGAAAUAGUGUGUGUGUGUGUGUGUGUGUGUGUGUGUGUGUGUGUGUGUGUGAAUAUAUAUAUAUAUAUAUAUAUACGUAUACUUUUUCACUGCCAGUACCAAGCCUAAUGAUUGUGCACAAUGUAUUAUCACAUGGAAAGGAGUAUCGUAACAGAUUUAAGAGCAGUUUAGCACAGCUAUUAUCAGAUGAUGUAGCGUUUCAUGUUCAUCACUGUAUGUCCAGCCGAGUAGGUUGAUUGUGAGCUGUCGUUCGAGUGCAUCGGCAGGACUCCCAAUCCAAAGAGUUUGAGAAAGAAGCCUUUGGUGUACACUCUCUAUAGUAAGAAAACUGCGUUUGGUUGACGCUUUUUAUCCAAAGCAACUUUAUAUAAGGUUUUUUGGGGGUUUUUUUAAGUGUAGAGUUGAGGUCCGGGUAUGUUGCGUUCCUUCACUUUUUGUUUUUUUAUUUUAUUUUGUUUGGGGUUUUUUUUUCCCGCCCAGGAAAUUAAUUCACCUUUUUCUGCAUUUCGUUUUCUCUCCAACUUGGUCACCUGUCUAGGGCAUGCUGCUCAUGCUAUGUCACAUGGCAGCGUAAGACCUUCUGAGGAAAUCCAUAUACAUGAGCUCAUAGACACCUGGCUAGGUGAUUGGCUUGUGUCACUGUGAUUGACAGGGGAGAGAGAGAGUAUGCCCAUCCCACCCAGAGAGCAUGGCCAGUUUUUCUCUCUGGGACACCCGGCCAUCGAGGGCUACGGCGUUGUCGGGAUCCGAACUCGCCAGAACGCUGUUCAGUUUGUGCCGCUUGGGAGCCCUUAAAAUGAUUAUUUUUUUCACAAAUAAAAUAUUGACUUGUUUUCAGUUGUUUCUACUUGUUUCACCACACAAAGUCCAGAACUCAAAUACGCAUGAAUCCAAAUAUUAAAAAAAAAAAAAAAAAAAUGGCCAAAGCUGACCUGGAAGUACAAGUUGGAUAUUCCAUAUGCUCUUUCCUUUGGUCAUAAUGUACUGUGUGUCCUUCAUUUUUAAUUUUUUUAAUGAAUCAAUUUAAAUUAAUUUAUUUAUUUUUAAACGCUGUCCUCCUUCUCGGUCACCCUCUCGCUAUCUUUAAAAAAAAAAAAAAAAAAAAAAGCACAUAGUGAUCCAUAUUUAGUCCGUCAGGCACGAACGGCAAUCUUUAAUCUAAACUUUUUGCUACUAGCUACCCAGUAAUUGCUGCUAGACAUCGGGUCGGUCGUUCGUUUGUUAGUCAAGAUUGUUAUUUUUAAACCCGAAAUGAUAUUUAUCGUCUUUAAAAUCCAAAAACGUCUCAUUUUGAUCAUCUUGUUUGUUCGAAUUCGAAAUGGAGAAAAAAAAAACGCAACGACGAACGCGACGUGCGCCGAUCAGCUGAGCGCAGGCUUUCUUGUUACCUUCUAUUUUGGAUUCCAACAAUGCUGGGAUUUGAACUUGGAUGCAAAUCUAGAUCAACAGAUCCAGAUCACAACGCUGAACAGGACACUCGAAUGAUUAUAGGAAAGUGGCUGAACUGAGUUGAAUGUAUGAGGUGGAUACUAUACGUGUAAGGAAAUAGGAAAAUUCAGCCUGUGAAGUUUGGGGGCGGAGCUUAAUUGACCAUGCCGUGCCCUUUCUCUUUUUUUUUUUCUUUUUUUUUUGAGCGCGGUAGAUGUGGUGAUCGGCUUCAUAAAAGCCUUUCUGAAAUCGACGACGCCUCGGUGACUGCAUAGAGUGUUCGUGACGGUUGGAACGUCCGAUCCGAGAUCGGUUUUGUGAUUCUGCUGUUUGGAGUUUGACGAGUGAAUGGACAGAGAUAUGGAGCUCGGAAGCUGAAAACAGUAUUUAAAUAUGAAUUACGUAAAUAUUGCGCAAAUUGUUAUGUUCUAUUAAAAAAAAAACAAAAAAAAAAAAACGGGUUUUCAAAAGUGAACUUAAACACGAGACCAAGCGUAACUAUUUAGGUAACGUUAUCACCAGUUGCUAUGCUAACGUUAGCUUGCUGGCAAUUGUUAGCAUCUAACAGCCAAAGUGAUCUGUUUAUUAAUAGCAGUUUAGUUAUUUCAGUACAACAGAAAAACGUUAGAUGUGUUACCUCAUUGUGGUUUUUAUCAUCCGUUCGCCACGUCUCUUCACUUCACUUCAAGGACGUAAGAGCGGCAGACGACUGACAUCGGCUAAACGUUGAAUACGAUCACUCUUUGAUGCAUCACUUUAGUCCUAAUUUACAUUUUUUAAAAAUAAAUUUCUUUACAUUUGUAUAUAGGGUUCUGAUUUUUUUUUUUUUCUUUUUAAAACCUCAAAAUCAUAACCUGUCAUUUAAAAUAUGUUUUCACAUGUUAACCUUUUACUAGCAUUUACUCACAGUUGAUAAAUACACCGUGGAAAAGACAAGAAUUUCAGUUGAAUGUGAGAUAAUUAAAAAAUACUUUUGUCAGCUUCUAACCUUUUGUACAUGUGGAUGAUCGUAUAAAAAGAAACUUUAAGGUUAAAGUGUUUCGUUAGGGGUUGUGAUGAAAGUACCACACAGUUAUAUCAGUUUCUAAUUAGACCCCUUGUGUUUGUUAGAGAAUGGAAGAAAGUGUGGGAUUGAACGUCCGUGUUUGUGUGUGUGUGUGUGUGUUUGAUUCCUUCAUUCCUUCCUUCCCACUUACCCGUCUACAAUGUGCCACCAGAGCCACAUGAUUUGUUUACACGUGUCGUGUCACGUGCGAAUUUACGUGCACGUUCGUUCUUCUGCUCAGCUUGACUGCAUGACGCUUGUUUUAUAUUGUUCAAACCAAUGUCUUACUUUUUAAGACGUCAAAAUGAUGUCUUAUCUUUUUUUUUUUUUUUACUAAGGUUCUAGAUAUCUAUUGUACGUUUACGUGCUGGUUAAAUCUAUUUAAAUGUAUUGUUUUUGUUUGUUUGUUUGUUUGUUUUUUAAUCAACAUAAACGCUGUUGAAAUUGCAAUACCUGUUUGUGUCAUAUGAUCAAAUUAUACAUCCGCGUGUGUGUGUGAAAGUGUAUAAAACAUGUACAGCGUAUCUCCUGGCAUAUUUUCACCUUCCCUAUUCUGCACAGACUUCCUAUUUUUAACAUGUACACUCACACACACUCACUCGCCGGCCACUUUAAUAGGAACACCCGUGCGCCCGUUCAGUUAUGUAAUUAUGAGAUUAUCAGCCGAUCACGUGGCGGCGGCGUGAAGACAUGAAACCGUGUAGAAACGGGUCACGAGCUUCAGUUAACCGCGGAAAAUCAUCUACUCGAAAGCCGUAGCUUUGAGGUGGAGGAACUACGACAGCAGAUAUAAUCGCAUGAACGACAAGCGUUCAUAUCAAAGUGGCCGCAUUCAUUGGCGUAUUAAAAUAUAUAUAUAUUUUUAUUUUGUAAUAACGUUAGCUUAAUUACAAACCGGCUACAUAUACACAUAUAGGGCUUGGGUUGCCAUUAUCUGGUCAAAUUAAACUGAUUCCUAUGAUGAUGGAUUGUGGGUUUUUUUUUUUUGUUUUUGUUUUUUGGUGUCUCGAAAUAUAGCAGGAAUACGUUGGUCUUCCCCCUGCCAAAAGUGUGUAUUGCUCAAGUUUACAUCUUUCUAGAGCUUCCAGUCACACUGGCUUAAAAACAGAUAUCACAAUCAUGCAAUCCAAGCUGUAAGAAAUAUGCUUAUACGUAUGCCAGUCUGGUCUUAACUGCUGUACAGUUCUCAAGCUAUGUAAUGAAUUUUUUUCCAUUUGCUGUUUUUCAGGUGCAUUUGAUGCAGUAGAUUGUGAACACCCUUUUGAGUUGACCCUUAUAUUUCGAAUUAAAGCUCCAAAAUAUUAGAAUUGACAUCUUUUUCUUUUUUUUUCAUAAUUUUGGAGUGAGGCUAAUGUAGCUUACAAAUAACAGAAGCUUACAACGGCAAAUGAUCACCAAGGAAAACGACAUUUUUGGCCAAUACCCUUCCAUUUCGCAAGUCUGUAUUUGAAAUGUUAUACGAGUACGGGUCAAGUACAGCUGCCACGUGAUUUCUGUCGCAAGUUCUACACGUACAAUGUACUUUUAUCCGUUUUAUAGCUAAUGAUAUUUCGUUAUCCGUAGAACUAAACACAUUUUACAAAUUUGUGAUAGUUUUGCCAUUCAGUUUGAUGCGAAUUGUUACGCAUAAGCUUUUAUUACUUAUAUAUUUACAUUGUGUUGAGGUUCCUAAACUAAAGAAGUCUUGGCUAAUCAAUUUAAUCAUAAUUCAUUGAAAAUGUUGUAUUAAUAACAAAUUGUAAAAAAAAAAUAAAAAAAUCCUGAAUCAUAAAUAAUUUUAAAGAUAAUCAAUGCGCAGAUAGAUGGGGUUAAUGAUAUUUUCACCUUGGUUGGUGGUGUAAAUACAUCUGUAUUUCAUUUGAGGUAUUAUUAUUAUUAUUAUUAUUAUUAUUAUUAUUAUUAUUAUUAUUAUUACUCUGGCAUAACAAUGUGUUUAUCUAAGUGCCAAGCUUUCAUUUCUGUCAAAGCACUGACUACAUCUUUUGUGAAAUAUUAAACGAGUGAAUUAUAAAUUUGUGGUUAUUUAUGGGUCCAUUUAAAUAAAAGUGUUCACAGAUUGUUA